GCAGCUUAAUGAAUCAAACAUUUGUUUUCUUGUUUCUAAAUUUGUUUUCAAGUACUGAAGUUCAAUUUAAAUGGUUGAUUAGAGUUUUUGGAAUUGUUUUCAUCAAUGUUUGAAUACGUGAAUACUGAAUGUUUUCGAAAUGUAGUUGAGUGAGAAACAGUUUCUAUGCAUGCAAGUUCAGAUUUUUCCUUAUCGGUCACAUACAAAUUAAGUUUAUAGUCUAAAUUUAGAGGCUUUUUUGUUUCUACAUUGGGUUCUAUAGGCUAAAGGGUUAAAUAUCUGAUGAUUUUGUUAAAAUUUGGUUCAAAUCCAUGAGGAAUCUAUACUGGUUUAGGCAAAGCUCUAACAAUGGAAAAUCAGAGAGGAGGCUGUCUCUUGGAGAAUAUAAGAGAGCAGUUUCUUGGUCCGAGUAUUUGGUUUCAUCUGGGGCAGAGAUUAAAGGAGAGGGAGAAGGAGAAUGGAGUGCAGAUAUGUCUCAGUUGUUUAUUGGUAACAAAUUUGCAUCAGGGAGGCAUAGUAGGAUUUAUAGAGGGAUAUAUAAGCAAAGAGAUGUGGCAGUCAAGCUUGUAAGUCAGCCUGAGGAGGAUGAGAGCUUGGCUGCAAUGCUUGAGAACCACUUCAUUUCAGAGGUAGCUUUGCUGUUUCGGUUAAGGCAUCCUAAUAUCAUCACCUUUGUUGCAGCUUGUAAGAAACCUCCUGUAUUUUGUAUAAUCACCGAGUAUUUGGCCGGGGGCUCAUUGAGAAAAUUUCUCCAUCAGCAAGAGCCACACUCAGUUCCUCUCAAUCUAGUCCUGAAAUUAGCCCUUGAUAUUGCACAUGGGAUGCAAUAUCUCCAUUCACAAGGGAUACUUCACAGGGAUCUCAAAUCUGAAAACUUGCUGCUUGGAGAAGAUAUGAGCGUCAAAGUUGCUGAUUUUGGUAUUUCCUGCUUGGAAUCGCAAUGUGGUAGUUCAAAGGGAUUCACAGGCACAUAUCGAUGGAUGGCUCCUGAAAUGAUCAAAGAAAAACACCACUCGAAGAAAGUUGAUGUCUACAGUUUUGGCAUAGUCCUAUGGGAGCUCCUCACAGCAUUGACACCUUUUGACAACAUGACUCCAGAACAAGCUGCAUUUGCAGUCUGCCAAAAGGUAAGCUCAACUGAUUCAUUUUAUUGGUAUGGAUCUAAUGAUUGUAAGGAAUUACUUUUUCUCAAUUUACGUGCGAAUUGCACCUGAUUUAUCCUGUUAUGCAAUCAGCCAGACAUUUCAAUG